AUGGCUCUGUCCCAGAUUCUAAGACGCGACAAGCAACGCGCAACUUACAUGAGUCUUCUGAACCCCCGAGACGAACUCGAUUAUGAGGAGGGAUUUCUGAAAGAGGCGGAUUGCGAUGCUGAGGGAUCUUCGACUACGAGCGAUGAGGCAUCGCCACGUGCGGUACACACUGUCCCUCACAAAACGGAUCGAACCUUGAUCUGUCUCAACCUGAUCCUCUUCAUGGUCUCUAUGAUCUCUUUCACUACUACGUUUCUUGUGAGACACAAUGAUGUCUCCGCAAAGGAGCGCAAUUACUUCUUGAAGUACACUUCGGAGAAAUCGCCUGUACUCGAACAGCUCGACAUACCACUUACCACGUGGCGGCUGAAUGGUACCUUCAUUGAGAUGGGAUCCAUCUAUCGGGGACGCCCUUCGCCGGAAGUUGAUGCAGCAUGGGAGCGUGUGGAGACCCAGACACCGAUUCCCAUCAGUCGCGAGGACGUGGUUGCCCAGGGAAAGGAUCCCGAAGACGCGGUGAAGUGGCCAGUGGAGUUCGGUUUCGGGCCUGACGCCUACAUUGGCCGUAUCGAUGUCUUCCACCAGAUCCAUUGUUUGAACGUCCUUCGCAAACACCUGCACUUCAACUACGAUUACUACUACGCUGAAGAACGCAUGAACAAGUAUCACGAGCUACACACUGGACACUGUGUACACAUCCUUUUGCAGAACAUUAUGUGCACAGGGAACGUAGAUGUGUAUCCGCAUUUCUGGGCAGACGCCCAAGAGAACGCAGUCCCUGAUUUCAACAUCAACCAUAAGUGCAGGGAUUUUGAAGCGAUAUUGAAAUGGCACGAUGAACAUGCCGUACCACUGGACGAGUUCGGUGCAUUAAGGAUUCCCGAUAGCAAGAAGCCCAGAAUCAUGGUUCAUGCUUUUAAGGAGGCUUUCGAAUGGUACGACGCAGAGCAUCCAGACGAUGGUAAUCUUGGAACUACCGUAGGAUAG